AUUUUUUUUUCAGCCAAAAACGAUUCAAAACACCUCAACUACAUCACAUCACAUCACAUUAAUCAAUCAAUCAAUUCAAUUCAAAUGUUGCCUAUAUAUUCAUCGAAUGAUAAUAAUAAUAAAUUUACUAAAAGCAAUUUAACAUUCUAUCGAAUUAGAGAAAAAAUUCAAGGAUGGUUAAGGCUAAUAUUUUCCGAUAGAAAUUCGAGAAAUUUAUUACUAUUUUUAUUACUAAAUUUUUCAUUCGCAUUCGUCGAAUUAUUCUAUGGAAUAUGGACCAAUAGUUUAGGUUUAAUAUCGGAUUCAUUUCAUAUGUUUUUCGAUUGUACAGCAUUGGUUGCCGGUUUAAUUGCAUCAAUUGUAACAAAAUGGCGUGCUAAUCAAGCAUUUACAUAUGGCUAUGUUCGUGCGGAAAUUCUUGCCGGUUUUGUUAACGGAUUAUUCCUAAUAUUCGUUGCCUUUUUUAUAUUUGCCGAAGCAAUUGAACGUGCUAUUGAACCACCCGAAGUAAAACAUGAACGUUUAUUUGUUAUAUCUGUACUUGGAUUAUUAGUAAAUAUAAUUGGUAUAUUUGUAUUUCAACAUGGUGGAUCACAUCAUGGUCAUUCGCACGGUGGUGGUAGUGAUCAUGGACAUUCUCAUUCAUCAUAUGAUCAUCAUCAUCAUGAACAUGAACAUCAUAAUCAUCAACAACAACAACAUCCAGAAACGAUUAACAUGUUGAAUAAUAGUAGUAGUGAUCCAUAUACAUUUGUCACUGUAAAUGGUUAUGGUAAUAAUAAUAAUGAUCCUUAUCAGCCUUAUCCAUCUUCAGCAAAUCAUAAUCAUAGUCAUGGUGGUGGUCCUGUUAGUAAUGAUCAUCAUCAUUCGCAUUCACAUUCCCAUUCACAUGGUGGUGGUGGUGCACCUACUAAUCAAAUUAUGAAAGGUGUUUUUCUUCAUAUUGUUGCCGAUACAUUAGGAAGUGUUGGUGUUAUCAUAUCGGCAUUAUUAAUGUCACAAUUUGGUUGGAUGAUUGCCGAUCCACUUUGUUCAAUGUUUAUAUCAUUUUUAAUUGUUAUCAGUGUUUAUCCAUUGUUAAGUGAAUCAGGUGCUAUACUUAUGCAACGUCAACCACGUGAAUUGGAUUCAAUUCUGCCGAAUUGUUAUCGAAGGGUAUCUCAAUUGGAUGGAGUGAAAAAUAUACAUGAAGCACAUUUUUGGACAUUAUGUUCCGGUCAAUAUGUUGGUGCAUUAAAAAUAGAAAUACGAUCGGAUAAUGUAAAUCCAGCAGCGAUUGUUAAUCAAACAAAUGCAAUAUUUCAACAAGUUGGUAUUAAAAAUCUACACGUUCAAAUUGAUUAUGUUUGAUGAUUACAAAAAAUCGUUGAUGAUGAUGAUAGAAAGAAUAUUGUACAAAACCGAAGCCGAAAAUCACAUAUAUUUCAGCACCACCAACAAUCAUUUUUGUCCAAAAACAUCCAUGAA